AUGAAAAAUGAAAAAUCAAAUCCAAUUUUAUUAUAUAAACAAAAAGCAUGGUUAUUAGGUAGAGAUCAAGAUGUAACAGAUAUUUCAUUAUUAAAUCCAUCAUGUAGUAGUCAACAUGCUGUUAUUUGUUUUAGAAAAAUUAUUAAUAAUGAUAAAAAUAGAUAUGUACAAUCAUCUUUAAAUAAUGAAGAAGAUAUUAAACCAUUUAUAAUUGAUUUAAAAAGUACAAAUGGAACAUUUAUUAAUGGUGAAAGAAUUGAUGAUUCAAGAUAUUAUGAAUUAAAAAAUAAUGAUAUUUUAACAUUUGGUCAAAGUUCAAGAGAAUUUAUUAUUUUAUUAAAUGAACAGCAAGAAGAAUGA